ACUGGGCGCCCGCGGGGGUGGGCUGGGGGGUGCUGCUGAUCAGUUAGCAGCACCCCGCCUUCCCCAUCCCCCUUUAGACUCCUAGAGGAGUCUCCUAGGGAGAUGACAAGAGAUGCUUAAAUAGUACUCUGACAUUUAGUGCAAGUGGUAAACGGCUUUUCCUUCUGCAAAGCGCUGCGAUCUAUCUGCUCAGCAGCAGAACACUCUCUGGACUUCGACAUGGCAUCCUCCAAGAAGGUUACUCUCUCAGUGCUCAGCAGGGAGCAGUCGGAAGGGGUUGGAGCGCGGGUCCGCAGAAGCAUUGGCAGACCCGAGUUAAAAAAUCUGGAUCCGUUUUUACUGUUUGAUGAAUUUAAAGGUGGCAGACCAGGUGGAUUUCCUGAUCACCCACAUCGAGGUUUUGAAACAGUAUCUUACCUCCUGGAAGGGGGCAGCAUGGCCCAUGAAGAUUUCUGUGGGCACAUUGGUCAGAUGGACCCAGGAGACCUGCAGUGGAUGACCGCGGGCCGGGGCAUUCUGCACGCCGAGAUGCCUUGCUCAGAGGAGCCAGCCCAUGGCCUCCAACUGUGGGUUAAUUUGAGGAGCUCAGAGAAGAUGGUGGAGCCUCGGUACCAGGAACUGAAAAGUAGAGAAAUCCCUAAACCCAGUAAGGAUGGUGUAACAGUUGCUGUCAUUUCUGGAGAAGCCCUGGGAAUAAAGUCCAAGAUUUACACUCGCACACCCACCUUAUAUUUGGACUUCAAAUUGGACCAAGGAGCAAAGCAUUCCCAGCCUAUUCCUAAAGGGUGGACAAGCUUCAUUUAUACCAUAUCUGGAAAUGUGUAUAUUGGGCCUGAUGAUGCACAAGAAAAAAUAGAACCUCAUCACACAGCAGUGCUGGGGGAAGGUGACAGUGUCCAGGUGGAAAAUAAGGAUCCUGAGAGAAACCACUUCGUCUUAAUUGCUGGGGAACCAUUAGGAGAACCAGUUGUCCAGCAUGGUCCAUUCGUGAUGAACACCAAUGAAGAGAUUUCUAAGGCCAUUCUUGAUUUCAGAAAUGCGAAAAAUGGGUUUGAAAGAGCCAAAACCUGGAAAUCAAAGAUUGGAAACGGGUGAAAAGCACAAGAGCAGAUCUCGACGCUUUCUAAAAUCUUGCCGUUUGUGGCAUCCAUCUGUUCAAUGCAUUCAAUUUCCAAAGCUGACUUAGCUGGUUUUCUAGCUUCUAAGGAAUUCCACACUAAAGUGAUAACAUGGUUUUUAUAGGAAUGCACAUGAGAUAUUUCCUGGCACAUGCAAAUAAACCUAAUUGUUGCUUUUU